CCAGCGGCCUCCUCGGGUCUGCGAGCACGCCGGGCGGCUCCCGGUUCUUCCUCUCCGGCCGCCUCGCGGGGCCCGAGCGCCGCAGGGUCCACACCAUGUCCAUGCUGGCCGAGCGUCGGAGGAAGCAGAAAUGGGCUGUGGACCCAAGAAACACUGCCUGGAGUAAUGAUGACUCUAAGUUUGGCCAGAGAAUGCUAGAGAAGAUGGGCUGGUCUAAAGGAAAGGGUUUGGGAGCCCAGGAGCAAGGAGCCACAGACCAUAUUAAAGUUCAAGUUAAAAAUAACCAUCUGGGACUUGGAGCCACCAACAAUAAUGAAGACAACUGGAUUGCACAUCAGGAUGACUUUAACCAGCUUCUGGCUGAGCUGAGUACUCACCAUGGUCAAGAAACAGCAGACUCCUCAGAACACAAGGAAAAAAAGUCUUUUAGCCUUGAGGAAAAGUCCAAAAUCUCCAAAAACCGGGUUCAUUAUAAGAAGUUUACGAAAGGGAAGGAUCUGUCAUCUCGGAGCAAAACAGACCUUGACUGCAUUUUUGGGAAAAGACAGAGCAAGAAGACUGCUGAGGAGGAUGGCAGCGCCCCUACUCCAGAUGGGAGUGAGUCCUCCACCACCACCACCAGUGCCUUCACCAUCCAGGAGUAUUUUGCCAAGCGGAUGUCUCAGCUAAAGAACAAGCUGCAGACCCCAGCUCCAGGGCCUGGCUUUUCAGAGACGCCAGUGGAACGGAAAAAGGGAAAGAAAACCACCGAAGAGACAGCAGGUAUAGACACAGAGCAUGACCCCCAGCCGAAGGUCAAGCGGUCUAAAAAGAAAAGGCUUGAGGAGGAGAGCCAGGGACCUGUGGCCAAGAGAAAAGACCCAGGCGAGCGGCAGCCGGGAGACCCCUCCGUGGAGGCUGCAGACUGCGCGCAGCACUCUGAUGACCAGGAUGCUGUCCCAAAACCCAGAAAGAAGAGCGCCAAGAAGAAGCCGCCAGAGCCACCGGAGGUGGUAGUAGAUGCUGUGCUAGAUGACGCGCCAGGGAGAAAGAAGAAGAAAAAGAAGAAAGCUUCCAGAUGAGCUCUUGCCAGCGGGGCCUUCCGGCCACUCUGCUGUCAGGCGCUGCGGGGCAAACUCUCUGGCCCGGAGUCAGAGCAGAAGGAGCCCCGCACAGGUGGGGCUCAUUGCUAACAUGCCCAUGAACUGCCAGGUCUCGCCCGCUUACCACGUCUUCCCCAAAUCACCUUCCAGGAGAACUGAUCAAACAAAUAAAGUUCUUUCGAGCUGA